AUGUCAUUCUUCUGGCUGCUGCUGUUGCUCUCAGCCCGUCUGGCUGAAUCUGUGCCAGAGAAGCCGAAAAGGUCAGCUCUCAACCAGCUGACCAGGACACUGCUUCGCAAAUAUGACUGUGGGGUCCGACCCGUUCAGAACUGGACCAGUCCAACCACUGUCUACAUAGACUUCAUACUACAGUCUGUCCUCAAUGUGGAUGGGAAGACCCAGAGCAUUACGACAAGUAUUUGGUAUCGACAGAUCUGGACAGACGAGUUCCUGGUAUGGGACCCUGAGGAGUUUGACGGAAUCACUGAGAUCUCACUGCCAUUAGAUGCCAUCUGGAUACCGGAUGUCAUUGUCAGUGAAUUCGUGGAUGAGGGGAAGUCGCCGCCCAUCCCCUAUGUCUAUGUCAACUCCACUGGCUCGGUCAAGAACUACAGACCCAUCCAGGCGGUGUUGGCCUGCAACCUGGAGAUGUACGCCUUUCCAUUUGACAAGCAGAACUGCACGCUCACCUUCCGCAGCUGGCUCCACUCAGUGAGAGAAAUAGACCUGGCUCUGUGGAGGAGUGCCGAAGCCAUUGCCAGCGAUAAGAGAGAGUUCAUGAAUGACGGAGAAUGGGAACUGCUGUCCAUUCCUUCCCGCUACUGGCAGUUCCACCAAGGAGACACAGACUACGCCCACAUUCAGUUCAAUGUGUUGAUCCGUCGUCGCCCCCUGCUGUACGUGGUGGGUCUGCUCAUCCCCAGCAUCUUCCUCAUGUUGGUAGAUGUGGUCAGCUUCUACCUGCCUCUGAAUAGUAACGUGCGCAUCGCCUUCAAGAUCAGCAUUCUGCUGGGCUACACCGUCUUCAGAGUCAACCUGAUGGAUGAGCUGCCUGCCACUGCGGUCAAAACGCCACUCAUAGCUAUGUUCUUUGCAGUGUGCAUGGCCCUGUUGAUGUUAAGCCUGGCCAAGUCCAUCCUCGUGGUGAAGCUGCUCCACCACAGUGAGAAAGAAGUGAGACAGAUGUCGGUGUCAGCAUGCCUGCUGGACAAAUAUGGCUCUGCUGGCCACAGCUUCACCGAGAGUGCAUUCACCUCCAUCAAAACCCUGGAUGACAUCGUCCAAUCUGGGGGUUAUGAGUUUGACCUCCCACCAGGGGAGGAUCUUUUGUCUCUGAGCGAACCUCAAGACAGCCCCUCCGGGCUGAAGGGGCUCCUUCAGGAGCUGGUAUCCCUACGCCUCUCUCUGUACCAGGACGACAGUGAUAACUUGGCCCAGGCUGAUUGGCUGGCCCUCUGCUCCAAGGUUGAUCGUAUCCUGUUCCGGGUCUACCUGCUCAUGUUUGGGUUGAUGAGACUUUCGGUGAGCUGGACAGCCCUCGGUAUAUUUAUGUUUCAAGGAGCACUGCAAGGCUGCACAGUGAAGAAAGUGGGAGCCAACACAGGAAGAUUUGCCAAUGCCACCUUGGUGCGCCUCUCAGAGUUUUUAAGUUCUGGGUACAAAAAGGGAGUUAGACCAGUGAAGGACUGGCGCAGAUCCACAACGGUGGCAAUUGAUCUCAUGGUGUAUGCCAUUCUCAGUGUGGAUGAGAAGAAUCAAGUUUUGACAACUUACGUAUGGUACCGGCAGGCUUGGACCGAUGAGUUCCUGGUUUGGGAUCCGGAGGAUUUUGAUGAGGUCAAACAGGUGUCGAUACCCACCGCUAACGUGUGGGUGCCUGACAUACUGAUCAAUGAGUUCGUAGAUGUUGGGAAGUCUCCUGACAUUCCUUAUGUCUAUGUUACACAUAAUGGACUGGUAAGAAACUACAAGCCUAUCCAGGUGGUAACCGCCUGUACUCUGAAUAUCUACAACUUCCCCUUUGACGUCCAGAACUGCAGUCUGACCUUCCAGAGUUGGCUCCAUACCAUUAAUGACAUCAACAUCACCUUGAUGCGGAGCCCUGAGGAGCUUAGAGAGGACAAGAGCGUCUUCAUGAACCAAGGGGAAUGGGAGUUGCUCCAUGUCCUGUCUAAAUACAAGUCCUUCAGUCUGGACAACGAUGACUACUAUGCUGAGAUGAAGUUCCAUGUGGUGAUUCGGCGGCGGCCAUUGUUCUACACGGUGAAUCUCCUGCUUCCCAGUAUUUUCCUGAUGGUGAUGGACAUCGUGGGCUUCUAUCUCCCACCAGACAGUGGAGAGAGGGUGUCCUUUAAGAUCACUUUACUCCUGGGCUACUCCGUAUUUCUCAUUAUUGUGUCUGACACACUGCCGGCAACCGCCAUUGGCACCCCGCUGAUAGGGGUGUACUUUGUGGUGUGCAUGGCGUUGCUGGUGAUCAGCUUAACUGAAACGGUGCUGAUUGUGCGUCUGGUCCACAAGCAAGAUUUGCAGCCCCCCGUGCCUCACUGGGUGAAGCACCUGGUGUUGGAGAGGGCCCCUGUCCUCUUCUGCAUCCACAAAAAAUACCGCUUCUGCUCCAUGCUGUCCUCCCAAGCCUCUGACCUGGAGCACUAUAAAGACAAUAACUAUGGGACAGCUCAAUGCACCCUCCAUCACACCUGUGAGAUAGGCCGUGUGGGUACCCACCGCCAGAGAGAGGAAGAGCUGCUGGGUUUGGGCCUGCCCCCCUCCAGGGACGCCACACCACCUGUCAUGGAUAACAUCCUGCAGGAAGUAACCUCCAUACGUCACUUCCUUGAGAAGAGGGAGAAAUGCCGGGACAUUGCAAAGGAGUGGUUACAGGUCGGCUACGUGCUGGAUGUGCUGUUAUUCCGAGUGUACUUAGUGGCUAUGAUAGCCUAUAGCAUCACACUGGGCACACUGUGGUCAGUGUGGCAGAUAGCCUAA